UAAAGUGGGUUUGGUCUGCCAUGUGGGAUCACUGCACACAGGGAGGAGAGAGAGAGAGGGAGGAAGAGAGAAAGACCCUGAAGAAAAGAGAAAGGAGGAGACAGACGACAGGAGACGAAAGGCUGACACACAUUGAAAACCCCACAAGAAAAAUGCCCAAUUUUGCAGGGACAUGGAAAAUGAAAAGCAGCGAGAAUUUUGAAGAGUUGCUCAAAGCUCUGGGUGUGAAUGCCAUGCUGAGGAAGGUAGCGGUGGCAGCUGCGUCCAAGCCACAUGUGGAGAUAAGACAGAAUGGCGAGCACUUCUACAUCAAGACUUCUACCACAGUACGCACCACAGAGAUCAACUUCGUCGUUGGAGCGGAGUUUAAUGAGGAGACGGUGGACGGCAGAAAGUGUAAGAGUUUGGCCACUUGGGAAACGGAAAACAAGAUUUACUGCAAACAGGCACUACUGAGCGGGAAUGGCCCAAAGACGUUCUGGACCCGAGAACUCAACGGGGACGAACUCAUACUG